AUGUCUGACAACGAGGCGCCAAGUCUUGUACCUGCUGGGCCAACAAAGACUCUCGGGAUGCGAAAAAAUGGCAAGCAGUGGCAUGAACAAAAAAAGGCUUUUCGCCCAACCAAGGGCUUGACCACCUUCGAGAAACGAGCAAAGGAGAGAGCUGUCAUGGCCCAAAUGAAGGAAAAAGAGAAGGAGAUGAAGGAAGAAAAGGAAGCAACGAGGAAGGAGAAAAUCGAUAAAAUCCGAGAAAAGCGUGCCAAGAAGGAGGAAAAGGCGCGAUACGAGAAAAUGGCAGAGACGAUGCACCGCAAACGAGUUGAGCGAUUGAAGAGAAAAGAAAAGCGCAACAAGCUUAUCAACUCAUGA